AUGACACUAAUAGCCACAGGCAACAGAAAUCGAACAAAAUUUAAUAAAAAUACCAACAAUCGGUUUAUUCAAACCCAUACAAAUCAAAUUAACAUUCAUUUAAAAGUCGAUGAUGAUGAUGAUGCUUUGGAUGAUGAUGAUGAUGAUGCUUUGGAUGAUGCUUUGGAUAAUGAUGCUUUGGAUGAUGAUGAUGAUGAUGCUUUGGAUGAUGCUUUGGAUGAUGAUGCUUUGGAUGACGACGAUGAUGAUGCUUUGGAUGAUGAUGAUGAUGAUGAAAAACCAAUAAGUAUAUCAUUGAAGUUAAGCACAGAAUGUAUGAAUAUCAUACAAUAG